AUGGAUUCGAUAAAGUAUAUAUUUGAGAAGCAUGCUUUCACUGGUAGAAUUUCUCAAUCACAAAUGUUGUUAACUGAAUAUGAUAUCCAGUAUGUGACUAAGAAAGCAAUAAAGGAGAGUAUUUUGUAUGACUAUCUUGCUCAUUUACCUGUGGAGGGUUAUCAACCAUUGAGGUUUAACUUUCAAGAUGAAGACAUCAUGUUUAUCAAAUAUCUCACUAUUCUAGGCCCCGAACCAGGAUCGCGAUGGACGCUCGUGUUCGACGGUGCUUCCAAUGCUCAUGGCUAUGGAAUAGGCGCAGUCAUUACUUCUCCAACUAGCUUCCACCUUCCAUUUGCCGCUAGAUUAUGCUUUGACUGCACCAUUAAUAUGGAAGAAUAUGAGGUAUGUAUCUAUGGCAUUGAGGCAUCCAUCGACUUAAGGAUUAAAAUUCUUCAGGUAUAUGGAGAUUCAGCUCUGGUAAUCAGUCAGGUAAAAGGUGAUCGAGAGACUCGGGAUAGCAAGUUGAUUCCUUAUAAAGAGCAUAUCAGAAAGUCAAUGCCCUACUUUCAGGAAAUCUCUUUUCAUCAUAUUCCUAGGGAAGAGAAUCAGUUAGAAGACGCUCUAGCCACGUUGGCAUCCAUGUUUAAAGUCAAGUGGAAGAAUGAAGCACCAACUAUCCAUAUUGACCACCUGGAUGAACCAACACAUUGUCUAGCAAUAGAGGCAGAUCCUGAUGAUAAGCCAUGGUUCUAUGACAUUAAGACAUUUCUAGAGAAACAACAAUAUCACGAGGUUAUAUCUAUUACUGACAAGAAAUCUUUGAGAAGACUUUCCUCCAUGUUUUUCUUAAACGGCGAUGUGUUAUAG